CGUAGUAAGAACGAGGUGCGCGUACAGUUAUUGCAUUCCUUAGAAAACUUUUGCACAAAACCUGUGUGUGUUUAAAGACAAUAAAAAAAAAGCAAAAGCAAUUGGCUUAUUUAAAACAUUGUGUUUUUACCAAUAAAUAUAUACAAAAAAUACAACCAUAAAAAUGCUAACAAUGAAUGAACUGGUCGAUCUGCGAAUGCAGCAGCAGAUCGCACAUGAAUUGUAUCGGCAGCAGAUUAUGCAGCGCAUACCUGAUCCGUUCCCAGCCAUGAUGCCAUUCCAUUUGCAACAUCCCAUAAUUGUGCCACAGCGACCCACAUUGCCGGGCGUUGAGGCGAAAUUGGAAAACAACGAACUUUGGCAACAGUUCCACAAAAUUGGCACCGAAAUGAUUAUAACAAAAACUGGAAG